AUGAGACCAGCUACUCAAUUUUUAAAAACGAAAAGUCAUAAAUGUUUCUUUUCAUACCCAUAUAACAUGACAACGUUUCAAACCGGAUACCUUGGUAUAGGACCUUCGAAAAUCUCCGGAGGUUUUCAUUUACGUUACCCUAUCUCGAAUCCUAUUAACGUUUCAAGAAUUGAAGCUACCUUGGUUGGUCAUGAAAUGUUAUCCAAUUUCGCUCAAGAUGAUUUGAAGAAUACGAAAAAUACAUUUUAUUCUCAAACUCAAUGUAUUUAUCAAUCCAUUACACCUACAAAUUCCUCUUCUAGAGUUUCCUUUACCCCGAUAACCUCUAUUGAUUUAAGUUUUGAAUUCCAUCUUGACGAUGAUAUCCCUCCUUCUUAUUCUUCCUCAUCGCCAAAUUCCAUAUUUAAUGAUGAUAUGAUUAAAUAUAAGGUGAAAAUCACAAUAUUUCGUCAACGUAAUUUUUUGAAAUUACAAGGCAAGAAUAAAAACAUUUCGAUAGCUUGUCAAAUUGAUCGAUAUAGCCUUCCUUCCGUAUUGAAAUCACCAAAUCAAGCCUCAUUGCAUCGGUCUGAAACAAAUAAGCAAAAUUCCAAUCCUUUGUUAGACGCAAUUAUAUACAAAGCUACAUUGACCUCCAAAUACAUUGAUAUGAACAGCAUUAUGGUCCUACCGUUAACCUUAAUCUUACCUAAUCCAAAAAUGAAAAUCAAAGAAAUCGACGUUGUCAUUAAAGAACGUCAAAGAUUUAAAAAUUCGGACAAGGAAAUCAUUUACUUUAAGGCAUCAAACAAAAUAUUAGAAUAUAAAUUAUCAGGCGAUUGCAUUGAACUUGUUGAUGAAAGCAUUAAUGAAUAUUUUGUUGAAAUGAAAAUGGAUGUUCCAUGUUUUGAAAGUGUUUGUAGAUUUCAGGCGCAUGAAGGUGUUAGACCUUUGAAAUACUUUAAGGUUAAACAUAUUUUGAAGAUCAAAGUCAAAUUCGAGAAUGGUGAUCAAUUAGUAUUAGAAGAAUUCGUUUGGUUACAAAGAUCUUUAAGUGAAAGGAAAAUUUUCAAAGGAAGAGAGAGGGGUUACAUUAAUUAA